UCACAAAUCUGCUCCGGGAUGACGCUACCGGAAGCGUUGCUUAAGCGAUUGGCCAAACGUGGCCUCAUCGCGGACGGCGCCAAACCGGGCGCCGGGAAUCAGCAGCCAAUCGCGCCCGACGAUGAUAAUGGAGAACCGCCGGGCGAUUCGGAUGGCCACCAGUCCGAGGAGCGAUCGGAUAACGACGACGGUGACUCGGACUCGAACGAUGAGGAUCGGCGCGACCCGGAAACCAACAAUGAGGAAGUUAUUGCCGAAGAUUACGACGAGUACGAUCAACCCAACCCGGACGCGUUCGAGUACGCGAGCAAAAAGAAAGCCAACAGCACCAGCCAGGGGGCCGAUUGGUCGGAAAAGAUAAAACAAAAGAUGACCAAACGCUACGGCUACCAGUCGGUGGACGGGUGCCAGAACAAGUACAACAUUUACCACCUGUGCACCAUGUACUGCGUCAAGCGGUACGGUGAGGUGGAGUUCGAGAUCGACAAGGACUACGACAAGCGCGUCAAGCGGCUACUGGAACGCUUUCCGCUGCCGAAGAACUGGCGCAAAGAGUACGACAUCGGCUGCAAGGCGUUCUACUUCUACAACAAGGACACACGCAUCGUCUCGUGGCUGCCCCCGACGCAUCCGGAUGCUAAGUUGUCGAAAAGCGCCAAAGUGUUGCGCCGCGAGCGUAUCGAGGAGGAAAAACAGAAGGAAGCCGCACGGGCCGCAGCUCCACCGACCGUCGUGGUGGAAACGUACCCUCCAACGCCGGCCACCACCGGUGCCUCCAAGCCACUGAUUGGUCCAACGGUAGCCGGCAGUGGUGCCGUAGCUCCUCCGUCGCCCGUAGCACCCGCUGGCAGUGUGGGACCGUUGGCCGAAAACCUUAAGCCUCCCGUCGUUAACCCGCCCAAACGUCCGGUGAAGCGGGACGACGAGAAACCGAAGGGCGAGCAGGCGGCCGAACGUGAAUCAGAUCGCGAUCGUGAAUAUCGAGACCACCGGAACCGUGAACGACGGGAUCGAGAUCGGCGCGAUCGUGACCGCAGUCCGAUACGUGGCGAAGACCGUGGACGUGGUGGCAACGAGAGGCAACGUGAUCGCGACCACCGCGGCGACCAUCAUCGUGGUGGUCGCGGUGGACGACUACCGAAGGGUCAGGCUCCACUUGAUCCAAUGGAUCCGGCCGCGUAUUCGGACAUACCGCGCGGAAACUGGUCCGCCGGGCUGGAUACGGCUUCCGGGGCAGCGAAGAAGGAGAAGGACGACCGAAAGAAGCAACCCGCACCACCUCCAACCGCCGAUGACGACGAUGAGGGUGCCCACGAGGUGCUGAAGGUUUCGGCAGUGAACGAAUUCCAGCAAGAGCACGAUCACGAUGACGAUGACGACGAGGACGACGAUGAUCUUGACGAUUGAAACGAUCGCUCUCUGCAGAAGAGAUCCAAUA